AUGAAUAACAUUCAGAUGAUUCAGCUAGUUGAAGAAAAUGAGACUUCUUCUUAAAGCAAAAAUAAUAAAUAGAGUUAAAUUUCAUAAGAUGAAAUCGUAUUCAAAUUGAUUGAAUUUUAACAAUAACAGCCUCCAAUUCAGAAAAAGAGAAUUAAAAAAAUGACUGUGUAAAAAAUAUUUGAAAAGAAUGAUAGAUAAGCUAGAUUAAAAACUCAUAAGAGGGAAGUUGAUAUAAAGAAUGUAAACGCUCUUCAAAAACUUAAGAUAACAAAGCAAUCUAAAAAAAUAUCAAAACAUACAGUUAUCACUAUUAUUAGUACAAUAUUUUAAGCUUUAAUGGCUUUUCUUGCAAGCAUUCUCUAUAUCAUAAAUACCUACUAUGUAUAACAUUAAGAAAUGGAGCCUACUUUUAUUCUUUGGGAAACAUUGUUUGGUAUUGUUUUUCUUAUAGAUUAUCUUUGGAAUUUUUAUCGCUCCUAAGAUAAAGUUAAGUUCUUUUUCAAAAUAAGAAAUCUGAUAGAUUUAAUAACAAUAAUUCCAACUUUACUUAAUCAAAUACCACCACUUACAAGUGAAUUCACUGUCUUUUUAGCAGGUUUUGUAGGAAUUGUUAGAGUAACUCGAAUUUUCAGAGUUUUUAGGAUUUACAAGCUAUACAAAGAAAGUUAAGAGCAGAACUACAGCUUAAGAGAAUAUUGGGAGGUCAAAAGGAAGCAAUUGGUUAUUAUUUCUUAACUCUUCGUUUCUUUACUAGUUGCAGCAGGACUUAUCUAAGUUUUUCAUGAGUUAGAAUUUGGAUUCUAGAUAGGACAUGAUAAAUAACUCUCAUUCGAUUAAGCUUUGUAUUACAUAACAGUAACUUGUGCAACAGUAGGUUAUGGAGAUUUAACUCCAGCAAAUGAACUUUCUUAAGUUAUAGUUCUCAUAUUUAUUGUUUUCAUUAUAUAUACUAUUACCAAAACAACUACAGACUUUAAUGAACUAUCAAAUAUUACUUCUAAAUAUAAACUUCCAUAUGAAGGACACCAAAAGAAGCAUGUCUUUUUAAUUGGAAACGUAAAUCCAGAAAAUUUUAUCACUUUUGCUAAAGAAUUUUAUCAUCCUGACAUAUGUUAAGACUAAGAUGUGCCUUUAUUAAUUAUGCUUCCAUAAGAACCUAAUAAUGACUGGAGAAGUAUUUUUAAAAGCUCAUAAUUUGUAGGUAAGGUGUAUUACCUUGUGGGAAAUCCUCUCAAAAAAAGCGAUUUGCUUUUAGCAAAAUUAACAAGUAAUAAAAUUAUGAUAUUUGUUGAUUAGUUUUCAAUAGAAAAUACAAAAGAAGACUCGUUUGCUUUACUAGCUACUCAAGUCAUCAGUGAUUUAUAUCCACGUUGCUAAAUAUUCACUCAAGUAAACAGUAAAGAAAAUCUAUUUUGGAAUUUCUGGCAUGGUUAAAAAUCACUCACAUCAUCUAAUUUGCUUACAAUGGGAACAAUUACUUAGAAUGUAUUUAUUCCUGGUUUUUCUACAAUGAUCAGCAACUUAUCUAUGAGCUUAAGCGAAUCGAACUAAUUAGUAGAGGACUAUUCUCCUUGGAAAUUAGAAUUUAUUGAGGGAAUGAGUAAUGAAAUUUACAUUUUCGAUUUCAAAGAAGACAAAAAUAAUUGCUAUGUCGGAAAAUCAUUUUAAUAAGCUUGCUUGGAGAUAUAUAAUAAAACUGGAAUUCUUAUGAUUGGUUUAAAGAUAAAAAAUAGAUCACUCAGCCAAGAAUGUGAUCAUUAUGAUAUUGUCAUUAAUCCUAUUGACUAUAAUAUUGGACAUGAAGAUUUUGCUAUCAUUCUUGCUAAAAAUUACAUCCAUUGCCAAUAGAUUAUUUAAACUGCUUCAAAUGAAUUAGGGGAACUUAGAGAAUAAGAAUCUUAUGUCCCUAAUUAUCACUAGAUAAGUGGUUAAAUUGAGUCAAUCUAAUUCUAAGAAUUUAGCGAAGGAAAUUUAGAAUAAACUUUCUUCAGGAUGUCAAAAUUUGAUAUGAGAAAAUAAAUAAUUAAUCACAUUUUAAUCAUUGGUGAAAUAACAUUUGCUGAGCAGCUCGUUGAAGAAUUAAGAACAAAAACAAAUUUAACAAUAUGCUAUGUGUCCAAGAAUCCUCCAGAUGAGUAAUGGGAAGUAAUCAAGAGGAAGUAUACUAAGUUGUAUUAUUUUGAAUGUUAAUUUUUCAACAUUGAUGAACUUGAAAGAACUGCUAUAAGAAAUUCAUUCCAUACCAUAAUUAUGUGUGGAAGUGAAGGAAGUGAGUUAUCAGAUAGUAAAAUCCUUCCUUUGGCAAAUAUAAUAUCAGAGAACUUUUAAGAAAUCAACUACACAUUGUGCUUAAGAAAAGAAAGAAAUGUGAAAUAUAUUAUUAAUAGAGUAAUUGACGAAGGUAUUUAGUUAAAAAGGUAUUAAAAUUAUUAAACAGCAAAUGGUAGCUAUACAAAUCCAUUAUUUGCUUCAUCUAAAAUAUUUUAUAACUCUCAAAUCUAUUACUAAAUGGCAAGAAGCUUACACUUUAACGAUUUUGGUAAUGUAUUGGAAAAGUUGAUAUCACCUCAUUUAUAUCCUAACCUUUCCAAAAUUAGUGAAAAUAAUUAAUUCUCGUAUGUAUAAAUUCCUUAUACACUAAGCAAUCUCUACACUUAUCAAUAAGUGUUCGACUUCUUUAUUAGAAAGAAAAUAAUCCCUAUUGCUCUCUAUAGAAAAGCAUUUUCACUUGAUAAUGAAGAAGAUUUUAUCUAUACUAAUCCAAACCCAUAAGCUCCUAUUUUGAAAGGGGAUUUGCUAAUUGUUAUUGGUAAUUCGAAUUUUAAUAAAGAAACAGCUCAGAUUAAAACUAGUGAUAAUGUCAUAAAAUUAUAAAGUUAAGAAAGCCUGAGCUUAUAAGAAAAAGAAAAGAAUAAAAAAUUAAAUAGAAAAUUAAUUGAGUAAAUGAAAUUAGGGUUAAUAGGUUUAAUGCCAGAACUGAACAUUUUCAGUGAAGAAAGAGAUUCAAGUGAAUAAAAAGGAUUGUCCAGAAUACAAAACAUCUCAAAAAAUAUAAUAGAAAUGAACCAAAAAUUUAAUUUAAAGAAUCAAUCAUCUAUCUAAUAUCUUUGCGAGUAAUUUUAAAUUUAGCCUGAGCAAAUAUAAUAACUAAAUGAAUUGAAUCACUAAUUAUAAAAUUUAAUAAAUGAUAACUAAUAAUUGAGAUUAAAUUUAUCCAAAAAAAUUGCUGAUAAAGCCAUAGCUUCUCGUUAAAUUUCAAUAAGCAUUAACUACCAAAGCUAAGAUAAUAAAAAGUAAAUGCUUUGA